AUGACUCCAAAGCAGCUGAUAAUGUUCUAUGGCCCGCAAUCACCUCUAAACAAUAGCAAAGCGUUGGAUUUCUUCAUGUCUUUAAAUGAAGAUGAUAUGCAUCGUCAUGUCCUUAGUGAUAUCCGUAAAAUGGCUAAGAUGCAUUCUUCCUUGAAAAUACGCCGGAAACGGCAAAACGUACUUGCUCCUUCAGUUUUCACCACGAAUAUUCUUAACCCAGGUGGAGCACCAUCCGUCCUAUCACCUGCAGUAUUUUCGCUAGCACUUCUUUCUCCAUCAGUUUUUGGUCCUUCUAUAUUAAGUCCAGGUGCGUUCCUCGCCACGAUCCUGUGUCCAAGUGUAUUCAGUCCUGCCGUCUUGUCACCAGUAGCAUUUACUACGCUUGUCUUAUCACCAUUUUCCCUUAAUCCCGGCAUCCUAAGUCCUGCUGCACUGGCACCGUCCAUCUUAUCGCCCAAUGCGUUAUCACCAGGUAUUGUAUCACCAUCUGUACUUUCACCGGCCAUUAUGUGUCCAUUUGCUCUAAACCCUUCCAUCUUUUCACCAUCAGCGCUUGGCGCUCUAGUCGCAAGUCCAUUCGCUCUGUCACC